ACAAGACAGCAAUCAGUUCGAUCCCUGCGCUGUUAAAGCUUUUGCGCUCCGACAAUCUGCUUUUUAUCAACAACCAGUUCUUCCUGUUGCUAGUAAAUUUCAAAAAAACUAAAAACAGAAUUUUUUAACCAAACGGCCAACAUCAGUCGUCGGAUGUGUUUACCGUUUUACGUGUAUUUUGGAAUUUGGAUGAAUCAUCGCCCAAUAGGAAGCAAUUUUCAAUAGGUGAAUACGGGGUAGCUGGAAACUUGGAACGCGUAUCACGGGAACGAAUCUUCCGUUUCUUUAAUCUUUAUCAUUAAUAUUUUUAUGAUACUUAAUUUAUAUUGUUGCUCCUGGAACUAGGAAUUCAUAUAUUAUACGUUUUGCUGUACCUUCCUGCUCCUCUUCAGUACGGUCCAAACGGUUUUUGCUUGGUUGGAUGCUGACUGUUACUGCUAACUACUUAUCAGCCCUUUAACAGCUGUGAGGAUGUCGCAAACUUUGACGCGAGUUCCCCUCUUCCUGCGCUAUCCGCAAAAGACCGUCGGAUCCUCGAUACUUGGUGUUCGACAUGCUGGAGGCAUGAAAGGCUACUGGAAUCCUGAUUGGCGAGCUGAUCCCAGGAUUCCCAAGACACAGCUGGAGAAGAUCGCCGCGGCCAAGAAAUACAAUCUGCACCCCUCCGAUUACAAAACCUUUAGCGAGGAUGACAAGAAUCAACACGGUGACUAUCCCAACCUCCGGCCUAUAUCCUUCUCCGAGCGUGAUCCUUACGAACCGUGGGAUAUGCCAGAAGUACGUCGGAAUUUCGGUGAGCCUCUGCACAUUGACUUCGAUCUGUACACAGGCGAGCGAUGCUCCACAGAGCGCGAGCUGCAUUCAAAGCCUUACAUGUUGGCUUGUUUUCUGGGCUUUAUGGGAGGCAUGUUUCUCUUCUGGUAUGUAACCAGGCCAUACUUCACCUUUAUGCCGCAGAUGCCGAAACAUUAUCCUUAUCACGAUCACUGGGUGACUAGAGGAGGAGAUCCAGCUACCCUGCCACCUAUGAAAUUUUAUGAGUUUCCUACGACUACUACUAGUCACAGUCAUUAGUGAAUAAUUCGUGUUUUCUUCUUGAAUUCUCUGAAGCUGUGAAACAUCGUAAUUGUACAUUUUGGAAUUUAUCUGGGCUUCGUUAAUCAUGCAUAGAUAGCAUUAAUUGGAGAAACAUUAUUAAUUUA